AGUGCCAAAGGCUGGGCUAUCCAACCUCUCGGUAAAUUUAUCGGUACUUGCAUGUACAUGUAUCUCGCCAUCGGAGGAGUCGACGCCAUCAGCUAUAGUGCAUCCAGUGUUUGCUUGUCCUCUAUCCGAUCUAAUCACCAAUCUGUAAUCGUCCACUUGCACAGCAGUAGUUUAGGCCAGGCAUUUGCCUUUGGAAUUGCCCUUACGGUCACUGCCUGGGCAUCCUUCCGCAUCUUGGGCGCGAUGUUCAACCCGGCGAUUGCGCUCUCCAGCCUGAUCACAGGCCAUAUCUCUGUCCCUAAAUUCGUCCUGUACUUUAUCUCACAGCUCUUGGGAGCCAUGUUGGGCGCCGCUCUUGCCCGUGGGACGACUCCCUCCAGUGAACGAAUCCUCCAAGUCAACGGCAAUAACGAGAGCAUCGCCCGCGGUUUCUUCCUCGAGUUCUUCUUGACGGCAAUCGUUUGCGUUGUCUACCACAUGAUCGCCCAUGAGAAGAACCGUUCGACCUUCAUGAUGGCCCUUCCCUACGGUCUCUCAAUCUUUUCGGCUUAUCUCUUUGCGACCCGCUACACGAAUGCGGCCCUCAACCCUGUUCAUGCAUUCGCUACCUCACUCUCAGCUCGCUGGUUCCCGCGCCAGCACUGGAUCUUCUGGUUCGGACCUCUCUGUGGCGCCAUCCUGGGUGCUGCUCUCCAUAUUCUCCUCCGCUACAUGGACUAUGAC